ACAUAGAAAAUAUAACCUAAAAUGUAUUUCUUCUCCUCCACCUUGUAAGAUACUCAGGUUCCUUCCUACUGAAAGGGAUGUGCACAUGGAUUCGGGGCAAGUCCCUUAGGGGCUUGGCAGGGGUCAUGGGAUGAAAUGGAGUCCUGUUCAUGAAGACAGAGCAUGUGCUGAGAGCCAGACCGGGGUGCCAGACUUUCUCUCUUACAAGCUGUGUGUGAUCUCCGGCCCUGAGCCUUAGUCCGUCAUCCAAAAUGCCUCCCCAGAUGCUUGUGGGGAAUGGUUAUGUAAGUACACUCUCAUUUACUGGAGGAAAUGUUGAGGAAAUGGGAUGUCCCAGAUUAUAAGGCUCCCGGGAUUUCAGACACAAGACCAGCAGGACUCCAGUCACCCCUACCCCAGCUCUCCAGGGCUCAGUGCUUCCCGCUCUGAGUGACGUCCCAGCUCUGGUCCUUGCUGCACAACCAACGUGGGAAUCACGGCCUCCAGACCCCCCACAGCUGUGACAGCCUGAGCCGUGUUGACCCAAGCAUGACAAUGAAUUAUGAAAACCUGCAGCACUUGGAGAGUGAGGAGAAAGUCCAGGGGUUUAGAAAUGGGCUGCCUCCUUCCCAGUCCCUCCUGCAGCGUCUCCGCUCUGGGCCCUGGCUCCUCCUGUUGGCCCUGGGCCUCGGCCUCCUGCUGCUGGUCAUCAUCUGUGUGGUUGGAUCUCAAAAUUCCAAAUUUCAGAGGGACCUGCUGACUCUGAGAACAGAUUUUAGCAACUUCACUUCCAACACUGUGGCUGAGAUACAGGCACUGACUUCCCAGGGGAGCAGCCUGCAAGAAACAAUAGCAUCUCUGAAAGCUGAAGUGGAGGGUCACAAGCAGGAACUGCAGACACGGAGCAGCUUGCAAGAAAUGAUAGCAUCUCUGAAAGCUGAAGUGGAGGGUCACAAGCAGGAACUGCAGACAGUUCAUUCUGAAAUGCUCCUGCGAGUCCAGCAGCUGGUGCAAGCCCUGAACAAACUGACCUGCCAGGUGGCUAUUCUCAAAAACAACGGGUCCACCGAGAGGACCUGCUGUCCCAUCAACUGGGUGGAGCACCAAGGCAGCUGCUACUGGUUCUCUCGCUCCGGGAAGACCUGGCCCGAGGCUGAGAGGUACUGUCAGCUGGAGAGUGCACACCUGGUUGUCAUUAACUCCAGGGAGGAGCAGAGUUUUGUCCAGGCACAUCUGGGUUCUGCAUACACCUGGAUGGGCCUCAGUGACCCCGAAGGAGUCUGGAAGUGGGUGGAUGGAACUGACUAUGCGUCCGGCUUCCAGAACUGGAAGCCAGGCCAGCCAGAUGACUGGCAGGGACACGGGCUGGGCGGAGGCGAGGACUGUGCCCACUUCCACCCAGAUGGCGGGUGGAAUGACGACGUGUGCCAGAGGUCCUACCACUGGGUCUGCGAGGCUGGCCUGACCCAGGCGAGUCAGGAUAGUCACUGAGCUGCCGUUUGCUGGACUACCCGGCCAUGGAAAUGGUGGUGGGAGGAGGAUUCUUCCCAGGACCUCUCCACAAAACCACUCUGGGAGAGCAAUAAGCCCUGGAAGAUUGGAUGCGCUGCCAACAUUUUGCAUUUUUUUCUUCUUAAUUUUACAAAGAUGAUAUAGAGUUCCUAAGCUUUUGUUUUUCAACUUUUGAAAGUCAACUUCCUUAAGGUAUAAUUUUUACAUAAUAAAAAUGCACUCUUUCAAAGAGUAGAGAUGACUUUG